GUGUUGUUUUGGGAGCGAGCGAGCGCGCGCUGUUGACGGGGUACUUGAGCUGCAGGUCUGGGAUCUCUCAGCACGGACCUUGUCUGUCUGCGCGAGAACGUGUGUAGCUGCGGGAGAAAGUCAACAACAAAUGAAUCGUUGAGGGAAGACGAAAACAGUGAGGAAGAGGAUGGUGAGCAGCCAGCCGAAAUACGAGCUGAUCCAGGAGGUGGGGCGUGGCAGCUACGGCUUGGUUUACGAGGCGGUGGUGAAACGCACCGGGGCCCGGAUGGCCGUGAAGAAGAUCCGCUGCCACAGCCCGGAGAAUGUAGAGCUAGCCCUCAGGGAAUUCUGGGCCCUGAGCAGUAUCCAGAGCCAGCACCCCAACGUCAUCCACCUGGAGGAGUGUGUCCUGCAGAGAGAUGACCUGGCUCAGAGGAUGAGCCACGGGUCCAGCUCCCCACUAUACCUAGAGCUGGUAGAGACAUCUCUGAAGGGAGAGAUAACCUUUGACCCGUGCUGUGCCUACUACCUGUGGUUCGUCAUGGACUUCUGUGACGGGGGAGACAUGAACGCUUACCUGCUGUCCCGUAAACCCAGCCGCAAGACCAACACCAGCUUCAUGCUGCAGUUAGGAAGCGCCCUGGCCUUCCUCCACCGAAACCAGAUCAUCCACCGAGACCUGAAGCCUGACAACAUCCUCAUCUCCCAGGGAAGGACCUUGGCGGGAACCCCCGAGCCCACCCUGAAGGUGGCAGACUUCGGACUGUCAAAGGUCUGCUCCACGUCAGGCCUCAACCCUGAGGAACCAGCCUCCGUCAACAAGUGUUUCCUCUCCACAGCGUGCGGCACAGACUUCUACAUGGCUCCAGAGGCGUGGGAGGGCCACUACACGGCUAAAGCAGACAUCUUUGCCCUGGGCAUCAUAAUCUGGGCCAUGGUGGAGCGGAUCACGUUCGUGGACGUGGAGACCCAGAAGGAGCUCCUGGGGAGCUACGUGCAGCAGGGGGAGGAGAUUGUGCCCCUGGGGGAGGCGCUCCUGGAGAACCCCAGGAUGGAGCUGCUGAUCCCGGCCAGGAUGAAGAGCAUGAACGCCGGCAUGAAACAGCUGAUCAGGGAGAUGCUGUCGUUCAACCCUCAGGAGAGGCCUGAUGCCUUUGAACUGGAGCUCCGACUGGUCAGGAUCGCCUGCAGAGAGCUUGACUGGGACACGUGAUAAUGGGGGUGGAUAGGAGGAGAAUGGACCAUGGGACUUGUAGUUACAACGACCAGCACAUGUAUCUAGUCCUAAUUCACCACUGUUAGCUCUGGUGGCGAAGGCCACACAAUGGGAGUUUGUUUUUAUUUUCAAGGGAACAAUUUAAAGGUUGCAAAGAUUUUGGCUUUGCGGUUGGAUAUUGGUUCAGAUGUAGGACUACUGGUAAACCUAGCUCAUAGCCAGUCUGUAAAAAUGUUUGUUUUGAAUGUUAACAUAGCAAGGCUGUCCAUAAGCACAUUCAGCUGUUGGUCUCUCAGAAGGAGAGGUGUUGCUAGCUACCCCAGUGGUUUAGGCGAACCUGUUAAAGUUGACUCUCUCUUUAGUUGUUUGCCUACAAAUUCCACCCCAGUCUCGGUGCUAAUAAUCAUACUUCGGAUGCAAUUUAUGAUACAGGGAGACUGCAUCCUGUGUAGAUAUGGAUGCAAUUAAAUUCCAAUUUAUACAUGCCUCAGUGAUCGUAAACUGUGCACAGCUGGUUUUACCAGUAUUCUGUGAUUCUGUGACCACACCCUGCUCCUCCCCAUCAACAGCCACACACACACACACACACACACACACGCACAGGCACGCACACUUCCCACUGCUCAGGUAAAAAACGAAAAUAUACUAUUGGUUGGGAUUUGAAGACAAACGGCUGUUUGAAGAGAGAGCAGCACGACAUUUCACAGAGGCCUGUGUAUUCUGAGCUGGCCCUGAGCCAACUAUGGGAAUCAGGCUAGUGGGAGCAGACAAGGUCUUGGUAUGCCAGCCCAGUGCAGAACUAACAUAACCCCCAGCCCAGUGCAGACAAAACCUUACAUAACCCCAGUCAGCCAGUUUCAUAAUAGGCCAGGAAUGUGUCAUGAUUGGCCCAUAAUUAAAAUAAUUUGAGUGUUUGAAAUGUAAUUAACUUGAGUCACCAUAAUUUAAAGUCCAGAGACAACAAGCUGCUUAUUCUAAACACAUAAAGGAAUGUGUUGUUGCCCCAAACUAACAUCAAUGUAUUUAACUGAAGAGCCAGUGUUCUGCUUGUAAUAUUAAAAUAUAGUGCUUGAAUUUA